AUGACAGAAGAACAAGAACUUCUUGAUUAUGAUGAAACUGAUGAUGCACCACAACAAACGGAAAAAAGUGGAACAUCACAUGGUAAUAGCGGAACAACCAAUGCACAAAAUGGUGGUACAACUGGUACAAAAAGUGGAACCAUUCGAGGUUCAUAUGUAUCAAUACAUGCUAGCGGUUUUAAGGAUUUUCUUCUUAAACCUGAAUUGCUUCGUGCAAUAAUGGAUUGUGGUUUCGAACAUCCAUCGGAAGUUCAACAUGAAUCUAUUCCACAGGCUAUUCUUGGUACAGAUAUUGUAUGUCAAGCCAAAUCGGGUAUGGGUAAAACAGCUGUUUUUGUUCUUGCUACACUUCAACAACUUGAACCUGUUGAUGGACAAGUAUCGGUAAUUGUUCUUUGUCAUGCACGUGAAUUAGCUUUUCAAAUAAGUCGUGAAUAUGAACGUUUUUGCAAAUAUAUGUCAUCGGUUAAAGUAGCUGUAUUUUUUGGUGGUGUACCAGCAAAAAAUGAUGAAGAUAUUUUGAAAAUGAACUGUCCACAUAUUGUUGUUGGAACACCUGGUCGUAUUUUAGCAUUAGCUAAAAGUAAAGUACUCAAUCUACGUCAUGUAAAACAUUUUAUUAUUGAUGAAUGCGAUAAAGUACUUGAAUCACUUGAUAUGCGUCGUGAUGUUCAAGAAAUAUUUAAAAUGACACCACACGAAAAGCAAGUUUUAAUGUUUAGCGCAACAUUAAAUAAGGAUAUUAGACCGGUGUGUAAAAAAUUUAUGCAAGAUCCAAUGGAAAUUUAUAUUGAUGAUGAAACAAAAUUAACACUCCAUGGUCUUCGUCAACAUUAUGUUAAAUUACGUGAAAAUGAAAAGAAUCGUAAAUUAAUCGAUUUAUUGGAUAAAUUGGAAUUUAAUCAAGUAGUUAUUUUUGUUAAAUCGGUACCACGUUGUACAGCAUUGUGCAAAUUAUUAACUGAACAAAAUUUUCCUGCUGUUCAAAUACAUCGUGGAAUGCCUCAAGAAGAACGUUUGAAAUGUUAUAAAGAAUUUAAAGAAUUCCAAACACGUAUUCUUGUUGCAACGAAUUUAUUUGGACGUGGUAUGGAUAUUGAACGUGUUAAUAUUGUAUUUAAUUAUGAUAUGCCCGAAGAUACUGAUACUUAUCUUCAUCGAGUUGCUCGUGCUGGUCGUUUUGGUACAAAAGGUUUAGCAAUUACGUAUGUAGCCGAUGAAAGUGAUGCAGCAGUUCUUAAUGAAGUUCAAAAACGUUUUGAAGUACAAAUUACUGAAAUGCCCGAUGAAAUCGAUGUAACAACUUAUAUCGAAACUCAUUAA